UCUAUACCCGUUGGUCUUUGGUGGGCAAUUGUCACAAUGACAACAGUAGGCUAUGGAGACAUGGUUCCCAAAACUUAUGUUGGUAUGUUCAUUGGCUCAAUUUGUGCUCUAACAGGUGUCUUAACGAUUGCCUUACCUGUCCCUGUUAUUGUCAGUAAUUUUGCCAUGUUCUACUCACACACACAAGCUAGAGCUAAGUUACCAAAAACAAGACAAAGGGUUUUACCA